GCUGCUGCUUAAACAGAUCAGGGUUUGUUUAGCUACAGAUAGCUGCUAUAUGUCCCUCACACAGUAAGACCUGCUGCUGGUGGACAGAAAACACAUGAUGAAUGAGCAGCACUGCUUUCUGCUGUCACUAUGAACACCAUAACUAGAAAGAGGAAGAAGCAUAACUGCUGCUUUGUUGUGUUGAUCACCAGACUCUCAGGGAGACAGAUUCACUAUAGGAUAUAUUAUACAUGAAUAACACAGCAGUUACUGGAAGUUACAAUAAAGCCACCCAUCCGACAAACCGACAGGAGGACUGGGAGUACAUCAUAGGCUUCUGUGAUCAGAUCAACAAGGAACUAGAAGGUCCUCAGAUAGCUGUGACUCUGCUCGUCCACAAAAUCCACUCGCCACAAGAAUGGGAGGCUCUUCAGGCUCUGACAGUAUUGGAGGCUUGUAUGAAGAACUGCGCGAGAAGGUUUCAUAAUGAAGUCGGAAAAUACAGAUUUUUGAAUGAGCUGAUUAAAGUUGUGUCUCCGAAGUACAUGGGUGACAGCGCGCCCGAGAAGGUGAAGUUGAAGAUUGUAGAGAUGCUGUACAGCUGGACGGUGGCGUUUCCAAAUGAAACCAAGAUAAGUGAAGCCUACCAGACGCUGAGGAGACAGGGCCUCGUGACACAUGACCCGGAGUUACCGCUGGACAGGACUCUGAUUCCUUCUCCUCCGACACGACCGAAGCAUCCGGUGUUUGACAACGAGGACAUGGGCAAGCUGCUUGCUGAGCUUCUUCGGAGUAAAAACCCAGAGGACCUCCAGGAAGCCAACAGAUUAAUCAAAAACAUGGUGAAAGAGGACGAGGCUCGUGUGCAGAAGGUUACGAAGCGUAUACACACUCUGGAGGAGGUGAACAUCAACGUGAAGCUGCUGACAGAGAUGCUGUCCCACUACAAUAAAGACAGCUCCACCGACUCAGACAGGGAUAUUAUUAAGGAACUCUACGAGCGCUGUGACAAGCUGAGGCGUGCUGCUUUCAAAAUUGCCACCGAGACGGAGGACAAUGACACCAGUCUAGGUGACAUCCUGCAGGCCAGCGAUGACCUCUCGAGGGUCAUCAACUCCUACAAGAAGAUCGUUGAGGGGCAGCCCAUCAACGGUGACAGCGAGGAGCCUCGCUCUACAGCUGGUCACAGCGAGAGUGCUGCUGGUAUCGAUCUUCACUCAACAGAGACCACCGAUACGCUGAUCGACCUCGCCGACCUCGCCGGCCUCGACACUCCGAGCCCUCCUCAGCCCGCCGCCCAUCACUUCCAGCCCGCCGCCCAUCACUUCCAGUCCGCUGAUCUCAUCUCCACCAAUCCCACGGCUUCCCCCAUCCCCGUCCUGCCUCCUCCUCCCAAACGCCUGGUCGGCUCCCACGGCAGCCAGAGCAGCAGCCCGAGUCACCCCCCCCUCGACAAGGCCUCCGCUGCUCUGUCUCUCCUCGACGAUGAGCUGCUGUCUCUAGGACUGAACGACCCCCCUACCUCUCUGAGCAAACCCAAGUUGAACGAGCUGUCUGAUCAGUGGACUUCCUUGCAGGCUCCAGCUUCAGGUGUGGACCUGUUUGGCUGUGCAGCUUAUUCAGUUCCAGCGGUGCCUCCACCUGAACCAGCUGCUGCCACAAACAGUCUCCAGAACCUGCAGGACCUCGCCAUGAUGGGCUUCUCAGAUCACAAGAGUUUGUCCGUCCAGAUGACGGCCAGAGGAAACAGCUUUGGGAUGCCUGCAGCACCCCUCAUAGCCGGGCACGGCUCUCCCUCCUCACCUUCUUUCCUCCAGGCUGCGAUCCCCGGCUCUCCUGCUCUGUCCCAUGUCAAGGUCCAGAGCCUGAGCUCGGCUCCGGGCAGUCCGCUGUUCCGCUCUCUGUCCCCCUGCCACCCUCCCCUCCAGGGCAGCCCGGCCAGAGCCGCAGACGUCUCCCUGAGCAACGUGCACGUCCCUCUGGAGGCCAUCAGACCGAGUAAAGUGCUGCCUGUGACGGCCUACGAUAAGGACGGCGUUCGCAUGCUCCUCAACUUCGCAUCCGACUGUCCCCCCGGCAGGCCUGAUGUGUUGGUGAUGGUGGUGUCCAUGCUCAAUACGGCGCCCCUGCUUGUUCACAACGUGGUACUGCAAGCCGCCGUGCCCAAGUCAAUGAAGGUGAAGCUGCAGCCUCCAUCAGGAGCAGAACUGGCACCAUUUAACCCGAUCCUACCUCCAGCCUCCAUCACCCAGAUCAUGCUGCUGGCCAACCCAACCAAGGAGAAGGUGCGUCUGCGCUACAAGCUGGCUUUCACACUAGGAGACCGUCUGUGCAACGAGGUCGGAGAGGUCGACCAGUUCCCCCCCCCAGACAACUGGGAUCAACUAUAGAAGUGGAUCAGACCGGUUCAUGCUCCAUGACGGGAUGUGUGUGUUCGUGUGUGUUCACAUCCAUCCCAGAGAGAAAGGAGAGGAAGGUGGCAGCUUCACAUUCCUUAUCGUUGUUAUUUCUUUUACUGGCAGUGAGAAGUUAACAGCAGACACUAAAGUUGUAUUUAUACAGUGCUCGUAUACGUUCCUGCAGAUAGCUAACAAACUAAAGAUGCACGCUGGCAAGGGAGACAGCCGUGGUGUUUACAGGUCGACGGUAUUAAGAUAAAUAAUCCCCAAGAUGAAUAUAACAGAUUUGAAUGUACUAUAAAUAACGGACGCAUCAGAGCUCAGCCCUACUGAACAAAACUACUUUUAAAAGAAACUAAGAGCCGAAGAUACAACGGUUUUGCUUUUAUUUAUUUAUUCCUCUGGCUGAGGACUUGCUUAGCCCACAAACAUACUUGAAUAUAUCCAGAAAUGUCAUCUAUUACAGUAAGUCAAAAGUACUGAACUGAUUAUUUGAGCCAUCAAGAUUUAAGAUCAGUUAAUGUUGCCCCUGUUUUAAAUUAGUGGACCAACACUAGUUCAUUUUCUGCUGUAAAGGCAACCAACUGCACUUCAGAAGGUUCAUUUUUUAUUGUGAAUAUACUGUAUUGUUGUGACUUGAGUCUACCGAGUCUCAGCUCUGGUUUUAUUUCAUGUGAUUUUAUUUUGAAAAGAAAUGAAAGGUGAUAUUUCAGUCAUGGUUUUAGCAUACUUCUGUUCUGUAUUUAAAGAUCUUCUACCAGUGUCAGUAUUGGGAGUAUUUUUGUCAUAUUUAUUAUGAUUUUCUGUUUUAGUAUUUCAGUGCAUCACUGAACCUCGAAAAUGUGAAAAAUCGGAAUUUAAAUUUGAAAGGGAAAUCUGUCAUCAGGCAGAUAACUAGCGUGUUCAGCAGCGGAGGGAUGAAGUGGAACAUAAAUCAGUCCACCCUUUAGGUCCCUCCUCUGGUCGCCCUCAGCUCGACAUCAAUGUGGGACGUACAGAAGAAGUGUUUAAUGUACAUAGUAUGUAAUGUACCUAUCGUUUUGUUGUACGACAAGUGACGUGAACAUGUGACGUGUAGACUUUGGGAGAGUGUUAGGUCUGUACAUACUGGAUGAUGUGCCAUUUGUUCGCUACAUGAAGACAAAUAAAUAUUUCUUUCAAUGGA